AUGAAUACCGUUAUCGUAGUAACAUUACUUACAGUGGCUACAAUCUUAGUGAAAUCAAAGACUAUACCGAGCUCUUACAUACCAGCAGAAGACUUACUCGGAACGAUAUUCGCUGAUGAAACACCAAAAGUGAAAGUAACACCAAGAAGUUGCACCAACAAGUCUUGUACGAUUGAGGAGAUAUAUGAAAUAUUUGGCGUGGAACCCAUCCCGGUAGAAGUUAAAAUGAAAUCAAACACCACGGGCAAUCGAGUGGCAUUUGCUGGCAAAGAAUGUCCGUCAAAAUUUGUAAGAAUUGGAGAUAAUUGUAUUGAAACUGACUAA